AUGAAGGGUGAGUUCGGAAUAAAGAAGCCAAUAAACUCCAGAACUGUUCCUGACAUACACUAUAGCCCCUGCUGCAGUGAAACUUCAGACGGCGGGGGCUCGGCUGCCCAGCACAGGGCUCCUCACUCUGAAGAGGAGACGGGAGCCCCCAUCGAGGCUGCGCAGGGACCCCCCAAAGGGCCGGGGCGCCGGAGCCCCCGGCGCGCGGAGGUCUGGGCCGCAGGGACGCUGCCCACUCAGCCGGGACGGCAAAGCCCAAACCCGUCGCGGAUGGCAAAUUCGGAUCGGGAGACCCCGACUGGAGUUCGGGGUCGGGGGGCUUGGCCCGAUCUCCGGGGGCUUCCCAUCCGAUCACUCCGCGAGCCCAAGAAGAAGACCAGGGCGAGUUCGCAGGGUGGCCACAAAGCGCCCGGGGACCGCUCUAAGGACCCCGACCGCAGCCGCCACCGGGGCUCAAAAGUUAAGAUUCCUUCUCCUCUCCUGAUCCCAGAGCUAAGUUUUCCACCAUCAAAAGCAGACUUUGCAGUUUAA